GACAUUACCACUGAGGUAACAUGGCCAAGCUCACCCUCCUCACUGGUCUGCUCCUUGUGCUGACAGCUGAGAUAGGCUCUGCCUACCAGCUGACAUGCUACUUCACCAACUGGGCCCAGUACCGGCCCGGCCUGGGGCGCUUCAAGCCUGACAACAUCGACCCCUGCCUCUGUACCCACCUGAUCUACGCCUUUGCUGGGAUGCGGAACAACGAGAUCACCACCAUCGAAUGGGAUGACUUGACUCUCUACCAAGCUUUCAAUGGCCUGAAAAACAAAAAUAGUGAACUGAAAACUCUCUUGGCUAUUGGUGGCUGGAACUUUGGCACUGCUCCUUUCACUGCCAUGGUUUCUACUCCUGAGAACCGCCAGACUUUCAUCACUUCAGUCAUCAAAUUCCUGCGCCAGUAUGAGUUUGACGGGCUGGACUUUGACUGGGAGUACCCUGGCUCUCGUGGGAGCCCUCCUCAGGACAAGCAUCUCUUCACUGUCCUGGUGCAGGAAAUGCGUGAAGCUUUUGAGCAGGAGGCCAAGCAGAUCAACAAGCCCAGGCUGAUGGUCACUGCUGCAGUAGCUGCUGGCAUCUCCAACAUCCAGUCUGGCUAUGAGAUCCCCCAGCUGUCGCAGUACCUGGACUAUAUCCAUGUCAUGACCUACGACCUCCACGGCUCCUGGGAAGGCUACACCGGAGAGAACAGCCCCCUGUACAAAUACCCGACGGACACUGGCAGCAACGCCUACCUCAACGUGGAUUAUGCCAUGAACUACUGGAAGGACAACGGGGCCCCAGCUGAGAAGCUCAUCGUUGGAUUCCCAGCCUAUGGACACACCUUCCUUCUGAGCAACCCCUCCAACCAUGGGAUUGGUGCCUCUACCACUGGUCCUGGCCCUGCUGGGCCCUAUACCAGGCAGUCUGGGUUCUGGGCCUACUAUGAGAUCUGUACCUUCCUGAAGAAUGGAGCUACUGAAGUAUGGGAGGCUCCUGAGGAUGUUCCCUAUGCCUACAAAGGAAAUGAGUGGCUUGGAUACGAUAACACCAAGAGUUUCAAAAUCAAGGCUGAUUGGUUAAAGAAGAACAACUUCGGAGGCGCCAUGGUCUGGGCCAUUGACUUGGAUGAUUUCACAGGCACUUUCUGCAACCAAGGAAAAUUCCCUCUGAUCACCACCCUGAAGGAUGCUCUGGGCCUGCAGAGUGCAAGUUGCAAGGCUCCAGCUCAACCCAUUGCUCCCAUUACCGAGGCACCUAGCACAGGUGGUGGCAGCCACAGCGGUAGCUCUGGGGGCAGCUCUGGGAGCAGCUCUGGGAGCAGCCCCAGUGGUAGUGGAUUCUGUGCCAACAGGGCCAGUGGCCUGUACCCUGACCCCACUGACAAGAAUGCGUUCUACAACUGUCUGAAUGGAAAGACUUUCAUCCAGCACUGCCAAACUGGCCUUGUCUUCGAUGCCUCCUGCUCCUGCUGCAACUGGUGAUGACAUUUGUCAGAUACCACCUCACUCAGCCUAAGUGGUUCUUGUGCAAUAAAAGUUUGCGCAUUAUUGCAUUAAUGUA